UCAUGCUGCUGCCAGGUCCAGAGUCUCUCAUGGGUCCCUGUACGGCCUCCCAUUGCUGCUGUCUCCAUCGCCACACUCUGCCAUGUGCCACUUUCAGGUCUCCUCACACUGCUGGUGUGUAGAAUUUUUUGACAUAGGGUGCUGGCAGAUUACGGGCCUCCCAUAGCUGCUGCCAGGCCCCUAAUCUGCCAUAGGCCCCUAUAUACCGCCUCCUCAUGCUGCUGCCAGGUCCAGAGUCUGUCAUGGGUCCCUGUACGGCCUCCCAUUGCUGCUGUCUCCAUCGCCACACUCUGC